GUGUGCAUCGUGGAGAAGAAGGACAAGGGCCAGAUGUACGCCAUGAAGUACAUGAACAAGGGCCAGUGCAUCGAGCGGGACGCGCUGCGCAACGUGCUGCGCGAGGUGGAGAUCAUGGCCGCGCUGGACCACCCCUUCCUCGUCAACAUGUGGUUCUCCUUUCAAGACGAGGAGGACUUGUUCAUCGUCUCAGACCUGCUGCUGGGGGGUGACCUGCGCUACCACGUCAUGCACGACGUGCCGUUCUCCGAGGAGUGCGUCAAGCUGUACGUGUGCGAGCUGGCCCUCGCGCUCGACUACUUGCAGACCAAACACGUCGUCCACCGGGACGUGAAACCUGACAAUAUUCUGCUGGAUGAGGAGGGCCACGCCCACUUGACGGACUUCAACAUCGCCACGGUCCUAGAGGAGGGCCACCUCGCAACCUCAAUGUCUGGGACCAAGCCCUACAUGGCGCCGGAGAUCUUUGACUGCGCGGCGGACGUGUGCGUGGGCUACGGCUUCCCGGUGGACUGGUGGUCGCUGGGCGUGUGCGCGUACGAGUGCGCGCGCGGCGUCCGCCCCUUCGACAUCCACUCGGCCACCAACAUCAGCGAGGUGCGCGCCCUGUUCGCCGCGGGCGUCUACUACCCGUCCUGGAUGUCCAAGCCCUUCGUAGACCUGCUAAGCAGGCUCCUCUGCUCCAGGCCUGGCGCACGCAUCAGCUCGCUGGCCGAGCUCAAAAAGGUCCCCUUCAUGGCCAACGUGGACUUUGACGCGGUGCUGGAGAAGAAGAUCAAGCCGACGUUCACGCCCCCGAGAGACCACCUCAACUGCGACCCGACACACGAGUUGGAGGAGAUGAUCAUCGAGCAGCGACCGUUGCACAAGAAGAAGAAGCGCCUGGCCAAGCAGCGGUCCAUCCGGGAGGUGGGCGCCUCCGCCACCCUCCUGCACGUGGACGGGCUGCCCGCCGCCGACAUGCCGCCGCCGCCGCCGCUGCUGCUGCCCAACUUCCUGCCGUUCAACCGCGAGCGCGAGAUGGCCAGGAAGGAGCGCGAGCUCAAGGAGCAGGCGUGGGAGCAGGAGCUGCUGCAGGCCAUGGGGGAGUCCGGAGCGCAGGGUUCGGAGGGGGAGGGUGCGGCCGCGCUGGGCUGCGGGGACGCCCCGGCCAGGCCGGCCUCCUCGACGGCGACGCCGCCCCCGACGCCCGCGACGCCGGCGACGCCCAACUCGGGGACGCCGCCCGGCUCGGCACCGCUCACCGUGUCCUCGAGCGGGUCGGGGUGCGGGUCCGCGUGCGGGUCGCGGCGCGUCAGCCGGCGCAGCGCGGGCGACGCGGAGGAGGACGGCCGCCGGCCCUGCAGGCUGUCGUCGAGUGGGUCCCAGGGCGGCCCUGGGCGGACGGGCAGCGGGGGCGGGCGCAGCGCAGCCGGCAGCCGCGGCAGCAGCCCCAACGUGGUGCAGGCCGGCAGCAGCAGGACGGCGCUGAGCUCGGUGGCCGGCAGCGCGCCUACCAGCCCCGGGGACGUGUUCCGCACCGCCGAGGAGGAGGCCGCCCUGGUGGCUCCCGCCCAGGGCGGCGCCGGCGGGGAGGACAGCCCCGAGCAGCGGCUCCUCCUCGGCCGCGAGCAGCUCGAGCAGUGCCUCACGCACAUCGCGGGCUUCUCGUCGGACCUGACGAGCCUCGGCGGCCGCGCGCGGUCGCGCUCGCCCACCCCGCCGAGACCGCCGGCGUCACAACUCCCGGACAUCAGGCGGCUGCAGGUCAGCUCGCCCCAAGGCUCGCCUCCCGUGGCGCUGGACUCGUCCGGGGCGUGCUGCAGCCAGCCCGACACCACCACUACCACCCCCACGGGCUGCGGCAAUGGGAGGGCGUCCGUCAAGUGACCGGGCCUCAUCCUGGACACAGUGUUUGUUAUUCGGGUACAUCAUUUUAAUUUUUUAAUUGACUGUAUUGAUGAAUCUACACGACUGUCGACAUUGGUUUCCCUCUCAAUAUCCACAAUACUUUCAAUAAGUUGCAUGUAGAGUAAAUAAGACUAAAGAAUGAGAGAUUCACAAUUGUAGUUGUUGUUAAACAGGAGUAAACUUGCUAUUCUGUUAUUUCUCCAUCAUUCCCCUAGGAAUGAAAGUACCAAUUUAAAUAGUCCGUAGGGAGUCAACGAAUGGUGCGUGUAAUUAUGUGUUUAUUUCCUGGCAAACAGAAAGUUAGUACCUUGCAAGUCUUAUUGAAUCUAAUAAAUGUUGUUUCAUACUAAACAUAUUCACCAUCAUGAAACUUUUGUGAUUUUAUAAUUUUGGGUUGAUUAGUGUGGGAUGGACGUAUGUGUUCUGUGUACAACAGUGCAACAUCCAUUUCUCAGCAUUUUAUUUCCAAUAAUAUUUUAUAGGAAAAUGAAUCUCCUCAUUUACUGUCUUCUUUGAUGAGUAAGCCACCGACAGAUUCAAUAAAACCAUGUAGCCAUGUUUGAAAUUUCAGAUACUUAGAGUCUCGGCAUGACACCCCUCUUGAUAUUUUCCUCUGUAGUAACAGUAACUAUCAUUCUGUAGAUUUUGUUACUAUUAGUGUACCUCAAACUUGUAUGUAAUGAUAAUGUCAUACUGUGAUGUGUAUGUGUACAGAACUUUAAAAGAUAGCAUACAUAUUUUUAUUAAUAACUACAGGAGCAAAAUAAAAUUGAACAAUCUUA